ACUGGUAGCUGGCGUUUAUCUCUUUAGUUUUCUCGUCCAAGUAAUACCUAGGAUUUUCUCUCUCUACAGUCAUGAAACCGGAAGGGCCUUUUCUUCACUCUCCAUUAAAUGGAUCACCACCAUGGCAGAUGACUCCUCAGGAACCCCGGAACAUUACACCCUGGAACCCAAAACCCAAAACCAGAGAACGCCAAAUCCGAAGAUACACCAUUUCGAAACCCUAACCCUAGGCCAUGAAGCUGACUUCAGCAGUGUCCAUUUUCACAGGCUCGGCGUCCAGGCCAAAGCCAUGACCAUGGAGGAUAACCAGAAAACGCUGGAAGAAAGAACCAAAUGGAGGCGAUUUAUUUCGAACCAGUCCGAGGUUAUGACCGAUAUUCAUGCUCGACUUUGUCGAGUUCUUGAGAAGAUUGGUGCUUCGAAGCUAGAGACUAAUGAAGAGAGACAUGCUAAAGAGUUGGGUUUUGAUGAGGAAUUGGAUGAUUAUGUGAUUAGUGUUAGGAGUAUUUGGAGAACUGUGACUGCGGUUGAAGAUGGGUUGAAGGGGUAUGAAGAAAUCAGGGUCAGAGAGAGGAAGGAGUUGGAGAACAGUGUGGUGAGCUUGACUGAGGAGAAUAGGGAUAUAAACCGUCUGCUAAGGGUUGCUCUAAUGGAAAAGGAGGCAGUUGAAAGGGAUUAUAACAGGUUGAAAGGAGGUGGUGAUCAGAGGAGGGGGGCAAUAUUACAAAUCGCAGAACGUGGGUUGCAAAAAGUAGGGUUCGGAUUCAUGAUGGGUUUUUCAACUACUGAAUCAGAGGCUUGUGGAAAUUCAGGAAAAGUGAAAUCAGAUGAAAGUGAGGGAGAAGAAGAGGUUGUUAGCGUGGCCUCCACCGUGGAGAAUAUAAUGAAGAAUCUCAGGCUUGAGAAUGCUCAACGUAAGCAGUCUUUGGAAGAGUCAAGGGCAGACACAGAGCGUUUGCAGAGCCUUACUGAAAAUCAAGCUCAGAAAUUGGUAGAAAGUGCAUUAUGUAUAAAAGAUCUUGAAGAAAGGGAGACUACUCUGGCCCAAAAUGUUGAAGAGCUUAUAAUGGAAAUGACAGCAACAGAAGAAGAGGUAGCUAGAUGGAGAGAGGCUUGUGAGCUAGAGGUUGAAGCUGGGAAGCAUUUUGCUGGACAACGUGACACAGAGGCUGAGGCCCUAAACAAUCAAAAUAAGGUGGCCAUGUUAAGGGAAGAGCUGGAGAAGACAAGGGCAUCUUUGGAAAUAGCCAAUGGAAAAUUGAAGGUGAAGGAGGAGCUUGCGGUGGCAGCCAUGGCAGCCCAGGAGGCUGCAGAGAGAUCUCUAGAUUUAGCUGACAGUCGUUCUGCAGAAUUGAGGGACAGGAUAGAGGAGUUGUCGAGGCAGGUGGAGGAGGCUGAGGGCAGAGCUGAGCGUGGGGCCCGCCGCAAGGUGCGUUAUGUGUGCUGGCCAUGGCGCGCCUUACGGGUGUUUGGCCCACCUGGGCGCGGUGGCCCUACUUGGAGGCGGGUACUACCAGAUAUGGAGGCCUUGCUUCACUGAUAAAGCCACUUUAAUGCAGAAAGGGAAGAGUGUUUAUUCUCAUUACUUGGUUCUCAUGUAUUCUAUUUUUUUUUCUUGUAAGUUUUUUAUUUGGUUCUAUUAAAGAAAGUUAAAGAAAUCAUUUUUUUUUAAUUUUUUUUAAUGGAGAUGUGCAUUAUGUAUUUUCAAAUGUGGAGGGGGAUCUCAACUACGUGCUGUCAAUAACUAACAAGUUGGGAAAGUUGGAAGAUAAUGUUCUAAGAUUGAACAGUGCAAUUUCCAAAUGGCAAGAUCAAAAUGUUAA